AUCUUUGACAGGGAGCCAUCAUGGUGCAUGUGUGGGCGAUCGCAGCGGCGUUCGCGUCCACGACGCUGACGUUCGUGCAGAGCAUUUCGUUGCAAUCGUGCGGUCACUGGACGCCCGACUUCCCCACCGACCGGCACUACAACACGACCCCCACCAUCUCCAAGGACAAGCUCAAUGUCCACUUGAUUCCGCACACCCACGAUGACCCCGGCUGGUUGCUCACGGUAGAUCAGUACUUCACGCAAGAAGUCGACUACAUCUUGGAUACAGUCGUGACCGAGUUGCAAAAGGACCCGAACCGGCACUUUAUGUACGUCGAGCAAGCAUUUUUCCAGCGAUGGUGGCGCGAGCAAACGAAGGAAACCAAACAACUUGUCAAACAACUUGUCAAGAAAGGGCAAUUGGAUUUGUCUGCCAACGGGGGAUGGGUCAUGCACGACGAAGCAACGCCGCAUUACACGACGAUGCUCGAUCAAACAGCUUUCGGGCACAAGUUUCUCUUGGACGAGUUCGGCAUUAUUCCACGCAUCGGAUGGCAGAUCGACCCGUUUGGCCACUCGGCCACGCAAGGGUCGCUCUUGUCGGCCGGCAUCGGGUUUGACGCGUUGUACUUUGCACGGAUGGAUUACCAAGAUUACGAUCACCGCAAAAACAACCAGGAUCUUGAGUUCAUGUGGAAGGCAUCCGCCUCUCGCAACGAGUCUGUCUUUACAGGUAUGAUUCAAGAUGGGUACGGCGCGCCGGAUGGGUUCUCGUUUGGAGAUCAAGAGCCGAUCAAGGACGACCCGUACCUGCACGACAACAACGUUUGCAACAAGGUCAAGCGAUUUGUUCAAGUGAGCUUGGAGCGCGCCCGCCACACGAAAGGAAAUCAUAUUUUCUGGCCCAUGGGAAUGGACAUGGAAUACCAGAACGCAGUCAAGUGGUUCAAGAACAUGGACAAGCUCAUCCAUUACGGCAACCAGGAAGGCCAGAUCAAUAUCGUGUACUCGACGCUGGGCAAGUACACCGACUUGAAGCUCCAGGACAAAUCGAUUCAGUGGACCAUCAAGACGGACGACUUUUUUCCGUACGCGAACGAGCCGUUUGGGUAUUGGUCGGGGUAUUUUUCUAGCCGUCCCGCGUUGAAGAAGUACGUGCGCACUGCGAACGGGCUCCUACAGUUUGUCCGGCAUUUGGAAGUGUGGGCCCGCGUCAGCCACACGUCGGUCCACCAUUUGGCGGCGACGGUCGGCCUAUCGCUCCAUCACGAUGGGAUCAGCGGCACGGAAAAGCAGCUCGUGGCAGAAGACUACGCGCUGCGUUUGGCGGAAGGCGUUGCAUCGGCGACGGCGCAGCUCGAGCAUUUGUUGCAAGCGCCAGUCGAGUUGUGUUUUCUGGCCAACGUGAGUGUGUGCAAUCGCACGACGUCGGGCGACUCGUUUUCGUUUAUUGUUUACAACCACUUGACCAGCGUGCACACGUACACUGUGUCGCUCCCGGUGCGCGCCACCCACGCGGUGGUUACGUUGAGCAAUGGGACGGCCGUCCCGAGCGCGGUCGUGCCGUUUGUGGCGGUGUAUAGCAAGGCCGCCCUCGCCCACGCCGCGCCAAACUCGCUUGUGGUCGAAGCCACGGUGCCGCCUCUGAGCUGGCUGGUGUACCACGUCGUCUCUGGCAGCGCAUCGACACCGCGCGCUCGAGCCCGUGCAUGGACCACGUCGUCGGCGCCGUCUAUCGUGACAACCUCGAACGAGUUUGUCGCUGUGGAAAUCAACACCGAGACAGGGUCGCUCGUAUCACUGACCAACAAACGCACCAAGACCAAACUCGCCGUCUCGUCGGCGCUGCUGUACUACCAAGCAUUUGCCAAAUCGGACGUGUCGUUUUCGUCUGGCGCGUACGUCCUCCACCCCAACACGUCGGCCGUCCAUGCGGUGCCUCCAGUGACGUCGUUUGACUGCCACACCCACUCGAGCGCGGUCGUCGCGUCGUGUGUGUUUCGAUUUGGCACGUGGGGCACGUUGGAGUACAAGCUGGCUCGGUUUGCCAUGUCGGUGGAGAUCGAAUGGACGGUGGGGCCGAUUCCGAUUGACGAUGGCCAAGGCAAAGAAGUGAUUUUGCGCUUCGACACGAGCGUCCAGUCGGAGAAAACGUGGUUCACCGACUCGAACGGCCUCGAGUUUGUCAAGCGAGUGCGCAACCACCGCGACACGUGGAACUUGACGCUGCACAACGACGAAGAAAAGGUGGCGGCGAAUUACGUCCCGAUCACGAUUGCCACGUACCUCCGCGACGCGUCGACGCAAUUCAAUGUGGUCACGGAUCGCGCGCACGGCGCGUCGUCGUUGAAAGACGGCUCGUUGGAGGUCAUGGUCCACCGCCGGUUGCUUCAAGACGACCACAAGGGCGUGAACGAAUGCCUGAAUGAAACGGAAACGCUCGACUUGAACGGCAACAAGCAAACGCAAGGGUUGACCGUGCGUGGGACCGUCGCCAUCAGCGUCGGCCCUCUCGACGCGGCCGUGGAAAUUCUGCGAACAGACAUGCACCAGCGGUACCUCGCGCCUCUCGUGGCGCUGACAGCGUACAACGAAUCGCUGGCGCCACCACCACGUUCUACUUGGGCGGCCCGCCUUCCGCCCAACGUUGGGCUCACGUCGCUCGAAGUCAAGAGCUCGCGCUGCCUCCGACUUCGUCUCACUCAUUUGUUUGCUAUCCACGAACACACGGUGUGGUCGACGCCAGCAACGGUGGACUUUGCCAAGCUCCUGAAUGGCCACUUUGCCACGUUUCACGUUAGCGAAAUCAGCUUGACGCACAAUCGCGUGAUUCAAGACGUCGCGGCAUCGGCCGUUGUCCUGGACGCGAUGCAAGUGCGGGCGUUCGAAGUAUGCGACGGCCACCACCGCCAUGCGUCCAAAGUAUUCGAAGCUCGCGUAGCCGACAUCGCGACCGUUGGAGCGAUGGUGGACGGCUCGGCGUUGCCGGGGUUUUAAAACACGACGGCAGUCCUGUCGCGUCCAACUUGAAUUGAAUGCACGUAGCGCGUGCGGCGGAGCGGCGGCGACCGCUGCCGGACCGUGGCUACACCAAGCACACGAGAUGCUAGAGCGACCAAGCAUCGCAGGCCGAGACCACGUCGCCCUGGCGCGAACAUAUUAGCUGCUUGGCAUGUUGUCGCAUGGUGGGGAAAGGUGGGUUCGACUCCACAAACGGUGACGGGCAAGCCGAGUUUGCGCCAAACGAUUGCCGCCCCAUGCUCCAACAUUGUACGAAUCGCUCGAAAAGGGAGGCACUUCUCGGACACAUUUCACGACGGUGUCCCUUUUCGACCGAGCACACAUCUCGACACCGAUCCAUCUUGAGCAUCUCACGUGCAUGCUUUCCUGACGAUGUAGAUUGAUUUGACGCAUGCAACUGCUACCGAGUCUCCCAGAGCGACGGCGUUCGUCCGAGCAGUUAAAAGUCCAACGAAGCCUCGUUGUCGCCGCCGCCAUCGGCCAAGUUGGUCACUGUCGGGUCAAAGAUGCUGGCCGCGGGACCUUGCAUGGUCGUGAUCUCAAAAGCCCGCACGUGCAUCGCCUUGAGCGUCACGGUCGUGCGCGGGAUCGAUCGCAGCACCCGGUUGCCAGACAAACUCAAUUCCGUCACACGCAAGUGGUGUGCCGUCGACCAUGGGGACCCGAGCAACACGGUCAAGUCGACAGUCGCGUCGUGAGACCACACCUAUGCAGACACAUCGCACGGGAAAAACUGUGCACAUCGACGUACCGGGUGCUCGCGGAUCGCAAACAAAUGCGUCAGGCGCAAACGAAUCGUGUGCGCAUCGACAACUUCCAACGAAAUCAAACCGACGUUGAAUGGCAACCGCGGCGUCCACGCCGUCGUGGGCGGCGUCAGCGACGUGUUGUGCGCUGUCAGCGCGACCAACGGGUUCAAAUACCGCCGACUCAUUUCGGCACGCAACUGCGCCAUGGCUGCAUCCAACGGCCCAACGCUCAACGCAAACGACCCACGGACUGUCAGGCCUUGUGUGAGUUGUUGGUUGUUGGCCAGCGACAGCUACAGGGUGCGUCAGCCAAGCAGAUGUCGAUCUCGAGGCACUCGUACGG